UUCUUUAAUCGUAGUCCGUCAUCAGUAGUUCCUACACCCUCACCGACGUUGCAGCUUGCAACAGUUUGGGCCUUAAGCCAACAAUUUGCACUCACAGUCCACCGCAGUUCGAACUCGCCACUCGCGAUCACACAAGCGCUCAAUUGUGCGCGCUUAAAGUCAUAAACACCGAAAACGUAAACGCUUCACCGGCGACACCAAACCGUCAAGUGCUUGACGGUCUACAGGAACUCUUGCAGCUCUGCCGUUAGCUCACUGAGUAGCCGCCGAAAUGUGGCUGCUCAUACCGAUCCUCGUCUACUCGGUCAUCUUCCUCUACAUACGUCACAUUUACACAUACUGGAAACGUAAGGGCUUCCCAACCGAACGCACCGGUUUGAAUUGGCAAUUUCUGAAACAAGUUUAUCGGCGCGAGUUCCACUAUGUGGACGCCAUCAACGAAGCAUACAAGGCAGGCGGCGAGCGCCCCUUAUAUGGCGUGUACUUCUUCUUUCGGCCAACUUUGCUGGUGCGCGAUGUCGCCUUGGCGCGCACCAUCCUCGAGAUACCGCAUGGACAUUUCGAUGACAAGCGUUGGCACUACAUGCAAGGUUAUCGCAAAAUUAAUUUACUCGAAAAACUCGCAUCGAUUUUCAGUGUGCCGCGCGUGGAGGGCAUGUUUCGGAAUGUCGAAAAGGUGGCCGAUCAUAUGGUCAAGCAAAUGAAUGCGUUAACGCUAGGCAGUGAGCAAUUGGAUAUGCAGAUCGUUAUGAGAACCUACGUCAUCAAUGUAUUCGCUAACCUGCUGUAUGGUCUAGACACCAACUUAUUCGAGCCGAACGAUAGCGUCUUCAAGCGGUACAUACAAAGCACGUUACGAAAUCGCGGCAUCAACUCAUACACGUUCAAUCAUUUGCCGAAAAAGUCGUCGCUCACCUACCGGCUGCGUGACAUUAUCAAGGACAGCGUGGGACGCCGUGAAGAUGGCGGCAUCAUACGCAAGGACAUCAUGCAGUUAUUGGUGAAAUUCCGUAAUGGCAAUAAUUUAACGAAUAACGGUAAAUUGAGUUGGCAUGUGGAGAAUGUGUUUGAACGCGAGAAACUACUCUCGAUUAAGAAGUUGUCGAAAAUUGCCGAACGCUUUCUCAAUAUCGGCUAUGAAUCCACCGCCUCAGCGGCUACGCUAACGCUUUAUGAGAUUUUGCAAGCGCCGAGCAUAUACAAGAAGGUGACCGAGGAAAUACGUCAACUGAGUGUAGCAAAGAAUGCAGAUAGUGCAGAUAAUAGACUGACCUAUGCGGAUAUUGAUAGCCUCCAGUAUUUGGGUGCCUGCAUUAAGGAAACUGUGCGCAAGUACCCAAGUGUGCCGUACAUCGAGCGUGUCUGUGGCAAGAACUUUCCAAUACCGAACAGUCGUGCAACGAUCAAUGAGGGACGCACCGUAAUGAUACCCGUGAUGGCAAUGCAGCGCGAUGAGCGACACUUCAAAGACCCCGAUUAUUAUAGACCCGAACGUUUUUACAAUGUUAAAAGCGGACCAGAGCUGGAUAAUUUUAUGGGUUACGGUUUGGGCGCGAGCGUUUGUGUGGCUCGCAAUUUCGCCAUUUUGGUUACCAAAUUAGCACUUGUAAAGCUGCUGCAGCACUUCGAUAUGGAGUACACCCCGAAUGAGGACAUACAAAUUGUCCACAAUCCUGCGCCCGUCAUCAAAUGCAAAGAUGGCUUUAAACUCAGACUGAAGACGUACAAGCACAACACACUUUUGUAAAUAUGCCAGCAACAAUUCAAGCGCCAGAACCUUUAAGAACGCCGUGCAUUUACUACUACAGUGUAAUUAUAAGACAUGUUUAUGUUUGCCAGCAAACGAAUAAAUGUAAAUAUAUUCAUUAUAA